GAAGAACACGACUUCAAAAUUCAACACCGCCACGCACGGCAUGUUACAUACCCUGCGCGGUUUUCUUGUUCGCCCUCGCUGUGUGUUUCGCCUUGUAGGUGUAAUAUACAUGCAUACACGUGGAAUAAAUCCCUUUCCCUUCCCUGCCUACUUUCCCGUUGGUUUGGUACUGCAGCGCUGACGAGCGCUGUAGCGAGUGAGUGCCAGACGCGAGUGUCAAUCACCAACCUGGGCCAACUGGUUCGAAUCGGUGAAUAUUUGGCUAGAUUUCGGUACCUCACUCGACACUCCAUCAUCGGGGAAGUAUUGUGAGAAAACGCGAUUAAGAAAAAAAAAAAACACAGAAUCACCAAAAGGGAUUUUUGAAAAAUCACAAACGUAAAUUUAACGCGAAAAGACUAGUAUUAACCUCUAGCAUCGACAAUGGACGUGGAUGCGUUGUUGCAACAUUCCCAGUACGCGAUACCUAUCGGCAUUGUGUUGGCGUGCGCCAUUCUAGUGUUUGUAUUCGGUUUUAAAAAUGCGGAGCAGCCACCGUUUGCCCAGCUCACGUCGGGUUCCGACGUGGACCGGAAGCCAGCUGGCAAAAAGCGCAACAAGAUCAAAGAUAAGAGUCGUACUACCAAUGUACAGUUGACUACAGAAAAAUCAAGUCCUGCUAAGAAAGUAGUAGCUGUCAAAGCAGAGGCUGUUAAAAAAAAUGCUUCAAAAAGUGAAGAGGUAGGCAGGGAACUCAAGGAGCGCAAACAUGAAGACAACAAGCCAGUUGUUGCUAGGAAAGAAAAGGCUGUCAGCACUUUAAAAUCUGGAAAAGAAAACAAGGGAGAGUUGGUAAAGAAUCGAAAAAAUUUAAAGAAUCUUUCUCAGGAAAAGCCAGUUGACUUUGAUGAUGGAAAUUGGGAACCGGUUUCGAGAAAGGACAAAAAGAACAAGAAAAAAGAUGAAGAUACCCCAUCCAAGAAAAUUAAAAAGGAAGGAAAAAAGGCUGCAGAGCUGAUUACCAACGUAACUAAAAAGGAAAAGGAACAGCCGGAAAUUAAAGAUAAAGUGGCCAAGGAUACAGAAAAUAAAGAACUAAAAGAAAAAGAUAAGCAAGAAGUUGUUCUUAUACCAGUUACUGAUGUUGAACCAGCGAUUGAGAAUCACGAAAACAAAGAGAAAGCCGAUGAGUUAGAAAAGAUUGAGAAGCCGAAGAAGCCCGAGAAACUCGAAAAAGUACAGAAAUCAGAAAAGAUAGAGAAAUCUGAGAAGCCUGAAGAAAAAAAGAGUAGUAGUAAGGCCAAAAAGGUAAAGAAGGUUAUUGGGAAUGAAAACGCACUAUCAGCUGAUGUAUCCUCUUCUGAAAAACCAGAAAAAAUUAUAGAAAAAUUAGAAGAAGAAAAGAAGACAAAAACUGAAACAGCAGAGGAAAAGAAGGUUGAAAAAAUUGAAGAAAACAACAAAGUGGUUUUUGACGAGUUGGGAGAUGUGUGGACUGAGGCCAAGCCACAAAAGAAAAGCAAGAAGAAGGCUCGUAAGGACAACUGAGAAGAACAGGGCCAAAGUAUAACAGCAUUCUCUAUAGCAAAAUUAACAAUGAGAGCUGUUGCACAGCCGUGUUAUUAGGUUGGACUGAGCAGGUGUGUCAAUUGAUCUAAUCGUGAAUCACCUGCCUAAAUCCUCCGCUCCACUGUACAAAGAACAUUGGUUUGACUCAUUUCUGUGGCGUCAAUAUGUCCCAUUGUAGGACUCACUGCAUCACCAUCAAGUUGGAAAUCAACAUUUUUUUAAAUAUACUUUCUUAUCCAUCAAUAGCACAUCAUAAAGCAUCAUUUUCAAUAUCUAAUUAUGGUGAGUUUGAGGUAAUUGUUUCAGUAGUAUCAAGUUAACAAAGCUCUCACUCAGCAUGGAAUGCUUUGACUGUACAAUUCAUUUGUUUAUGGUAACAAACAUUUACGUGAAGUACAUAACUUUGGAGUAUAUAGAGAAAUUGGUAGCUUUUAUUACAUUUAAAAGCUUGCAAGAGUCUCGUUUGCAUUGGUUACCUGCAAAGUUAAACAUUAAAUGCAAUUAUUUAUUAUUGCAAAAAAAAAACCUCCAACUGUCUGUCGAUAGGCAGUUAGAAUCAGUCGUCCUUGUUUAAAAAUGAGCGGAGUGUCCAACUUGCCUUGAUUGUUGUUGAGCUUAGAUCUCAUCGUGGAACAAGACUUACGUAGCUUUGUUCUCAGCCAAAUAUUUCCAGAAUUCAACAUAUUGGGCGUGUAGAAACUGUCAAUCUGAAAUGGGAUGAAAUUGUGAAAUGCUGAUCGCAUUUUGGAUAUAUAAAACUGAGGUAAUUUCAAGAUUUGAGCUGUUUCUGAACAGAGUGUCCGACUGUAAAAUCAAGAUCAGCUGGCCCCUACCUGUUGUAUCUCGUGAUUGUCGGCAAAAUAAAUUACAUAGUUAAUUCACGUAUUUAAUUACCAAACGUUACAUUAUCGCCCAUUUAUUUUUUUGUGUAAUGGAUAUUUAGUUUAAAUAUUUGGCUGUUAACAAGCUGUAUACAUAAAAUAAUAUAUGAACUUUAUACAUAAAUAAAGACACGUGUGUUUGUGUGCAUGCGUAUUCUUGUGUGUAUGCGUGAGUGUGACGUUACAUAAUUGAGAUGUGUACACGUGUAGGCUGGCUUUGGCAAUAACUACUUUGCACGGUGUCUUACCUCCUUUUCUUGCUUUAUGUAGAGUGCUGCAACUUAUAUUUUGUCAUACAUAGUAAGAAAAAGACAAAAAAUAAAAAAAAGAAUAUAAGGAAAAAUCGUAGAAGCUGAUCCUGAAAUACCUGCAAAAGCAUAAUGAUGUAUGUAAUUCAAAAAAUUCGCACGGAAGUGUGUAAGCUAGAAUUAUUUUAUGAUAAAGCAAACGAUUCCGUAUGCGUGUAAUGAAAUGGUGAUAUAUUUUAAAAAAUGAUAAAUGUGAAGACAGUGCAACAAUGUGAUAACUGUACUUGAUACCUGAAGCUCGUUACUUGAACAUCCUCCAAAAAUAUUUAAUUCAAAAAAUAUUACUUUUAAUGAAAAAAUACGUUCAACACAUUUGCUGCGCUAGAUUCUAUACUGUUUGUCAAUGUAUCAUAGAGUGUAUAAUGAUUCCUGGUGUAGCAAAUGUGUUAAUUGUAAUUUUUUUAAUUUUUUCCUCAGAUAUAUUUGAUAAUUCGAACUUGAUACAUGAAAAAGAAAAUGUUGAAACGUUGAAGCUCUAGCUUUAAAUGACACUAUGUACAUAAUACAUAUUAUAUGUGACUGUCGGUGUUCAAUGUUUAUACAGUAUUUACAUUCAAACUAAAUUUGCCAAGUUGAUUCCAACAGCUAUUCUUGUUUAUGUGCCAAAAAAUUAAAACAUUCAAUUCCAUCUCGUUCAUUAUUUCAGAGCAAAAUUAUGAUUCUAUUAAAAUUGUUACACAACUACGAAUUGCAGCUUUUUGAAACGGCUGUAGCCAGCAUUCCUGAUAUUUUUGUAAAUGCUAGUCCACAAAAUUGCGUAUAAUGCAUAUAGAUUCUGUUUUACGGUACAUUGUAAUGAUUUUAUAAAGAUGGGCCUACGGCACAGUUGAGAUUUGUAUAUUGUUAUCACUGUUAUUAUUAUUAUUACUACUUUUAUUAUUAUUACUAAUAUAUUAUAGAUAUCAUAUUUUGAAUAUUAAAUUUGUACAUACAAUAAUAUAAUACUUGUGACAAAAUUACGUACAUUCACAGCAAAAAUGAACUUAUUUAUCAGGAGAAGUGAGUAAUCUUUUAGAUGUUCGAAUCACGAUAAAACUUACAUGCUUAAUCUAAAUACUUUCACUUUUUUGAUAUCCACUGCUUUGAAAAAAAAUAUAUAUUCUUACGAAUAUUCACGAGCUGAUUGCAGAUUUUUUUUAUAUGUUGAGAUUAUCAAAUAUUAAAUAUAUUCGUCGUCUUUUUGGUUUAUCUUGUGGCCUUUAGUUGUUACAAACACUGAACGCCACAACAUAAUUGACUACUGAGUCUAUGAUAUGCUAUUUCAACUGAAUAUGUGUAGUGUUUGUUUCUAGAUGUAAUUUAUGAAUAAUAUUUGUAUAAAUGUGGCAUUAUAUUAGUUAUGGAAAUGCAGCUCUGGAAAUGCAUUGGUAAUCGGAAUCUGUUCCGCAAUGCCUUGAUAGAAUGAAAAUUCAAUUUGGUACCCACAUGAAUUAAGUUUUGUUGAGAUAGAUCGAUAACCCUCGAAAAUGUGUCUAUUUUAUUUCUGUGAAAAAUACCCUGAUCUUUUGUAAUUAUUAUAUAACUGAAAUCAAGGAAUCAGACCUGACCAGUCAAUUUUUGGUCACUUUAAGAAAGGAAAGGCUACAGUAAUAUUUUAAUAUGUAUUACUCCUAAAUACGACCAACUAUGUCUGUCAAGCUGCUGUCCAUAGUCUUCCAUUCCAACUAGCAAGCAUAGCAACAACUAUUUGUAUGUGUGUUAAAUGUAGUGCUAUUUAUGUCCUGCUUAUAAUACAAAUAUGUAUCGUUAAUAAUAUCUGAUAUAAGAGUCCACAAGGUAAAGUGGAUAGUAAGAAGCAAAGAACGAUGCUAAUAACAUUUUGUAUCGUUGCAAUCACCAGUUGUAGUUAUACGGCCAUAUACUCGUUAUGUUCGACACCGAUACUCAAACGUAGAUGAUGCUAAUAACGUUUUGUUAACCGGUCUGUCCAAAAAUAGGAGGGCUCCUGUAUCACUUUAUACUUGCAAACCAGUAACUGCAAGAUAUGUGAGUGAAUAUGAGAACUCUUCAAUGAUAAUACAUAUAUUUCAAAUUCCCUCUAAUGUAAAAUUAUUGGCGUAGCAUACGAUGCUUAGUUAUUGUAAGAGAAAUUCAGAUGUAAAUUAGUUUUUCCUGAAAAACUCUAAUUGUUUGGGUUUUUUUGAAUAUGCACCUAUACCAGAUAUAAUCUGAAUGAAUGGGUACUGAUACACAAUGGGUAUAUUUAUAUCUUUAAUUGGGGAAAAAAUAUAGAAGAAUAAAUAAUAGGCACUAAAUAGUGUCAGGGUCAAAAUGAAAUCAAGUUUUGGAUUGUGAAAAUCUUGUGAAUUCAAAGAAAUGGAAUAAAUCUAUAUUUUUCCAGCA